AUGAUUAGCCCAGAAGAUGUUAGUUUGAUGAUUGUCAAGCGCGGUCAAGUGAAGGCUAAGCAGGAAGGUGAAACGCCUGUCAUCUGCGAUACAAUGCCCAACAUCGUUUUUGGUACUUCGGUUUUUGGUAUCCGAAAUCUGGGUGGUAUACCCCAAUUCAGCUGCUCAUUUUGGGUGAUAGACUCGUACGUACCUAACGAACAACACCUAUUUAUUUAUACCUCCCGAGAAACCCCAGCAAAUAUCGUGAAACGUGCUACGGACAGCGGGAAUAACUGUACAGCAGCAACCGUUUUGCUGUUGCGGCUUUUGUUUCGCCCCGCGUCGGGCGGUUCGGUUGGAGUUUUGUGCUUUCCGUUGUCAUCGAGAUCAUGGUUAGAAACGGAGAGACAACAACCGUCCAUCCCACUAAACUCAGAGAUGCUAAUGAUGGACGCGGCAUAUCGGGCAUGCCAAGACGAUCGACGCGUGUAGUCGAGACUGGUCGGCCGCUACUGACUGAAGACAACAUAUUCGUGGCUGGUCGGCCGUUACUGACUGCCGCAAAAUCCUCGAUGGCACCCAUAGAUGAGAACGAUGUCUGGCAGCUACCAGAUCUGAGAUGUUCAACGCAACAGGAAAUGUGUAAAGUUUUGAAUUUCAAUAGAAGCAGAAAGAGAAAAAUUCAAUCAGAGCCGGUAGAGCUUUCUGGCCUACCAAGGCGAUUAAAAA